AUGAAGGAGAGGACUGGAGUUUUUUUGGCGUGGAAAGCACUGCUGGUGGGGUUGUGUGCGUUUCUGCUUCUGAGUUUAGGAGGUUUAGUGUUCCUGCUGGUACGACAGAAGGAGCUGACGGAGGAGCUGGUGAGGUUGGACGCCCAGGUGCAGGUGCUGUCACAGAGCUGCAGGCUGCAGGCAGGAGUCCUCCUGCCUACAGACCCUGCAGAGGCUGGACAGCUAAAGAAGCUCCGGCGCAGCAGAAGAAACCAGGGGGGAGAACAAACACAAAGCGAGGACGAGAAGGAUAUGAUGAUGCUGAUGACAUACUCCAUGGUUCCUGUCAAGGCCUUCAUAGAUCUGUGUAAUAGCUCCAGAGGACUUUGUUUAACAGGCCCAGCUGGACCACCAGGUUUGCCUGGUAGAGCUGGUUCAACAGGACCUAAGGGUGCGCCCGGGCCAGAGGGGAGACGAGGAAAACGAGGUCCAAGGGGUCCACCAGGUCCAGCAGGCCCACCUGGUCCACCAUGUCCUGGUUGGUAUUCUAAUGAAGUGAGAAACAAGACCACCGGAGACUACGUCCGUCAAAACAACAUGUUGAUGGAUUCAUCUCCUUCUGUGACCGAGGUAGAAAACCUCAACUCAACAAUGAACGAGACUGAAUCAAGACAUCCAGUCGACAAGAGCAAAGAUGUUUUGAAUGUUACCGCCUCUAAAAAACCUCUAAAGACAAGUAUGGACUCUGAGUUAGUAUCACCUCGUCCAGAUUACAGAGAGGACACGUGGAUUGGAAACAGUACAGAGAAUGUUACAGAGGCAUCAAUUAACUUAUUAACAGUGUUACCAACACCACAUCCAACUCAUGAAGACCCAGAUGUUUUUAAUGUUACUGAUUCUGAGAAACUGCAAGAGACAGAUAAAGGAUCUGAGUCAGUAUGGUUUCAUAAAGACUACAGUCAUGACAACCUGAAUAACACAGAGAAUGUUACAGAUGGACCAAUACCAUUAAUAACAGAUCCACUUUCUGUGGACCAAAACAAUGAUUCCUUCAAUAACAGUGGAACCAUUAUUGAUGCACCUAUGAAAAGUGACUCUUCAUUUUCACCCCAGAACAACAAGCAAAAUGUGACUAGCGAUGAGAGAUGGACCAAAACCAAAUCACCAACUCCUCGUCCAACUGACAACAGCAGAGAUGUUACUGACUCUGAGAAACUUCUUGACAUAAACAUGGAAACUGAGUCAGUAUCAUUUCAUCAAGAGGACAACCAUGGCAUCUUGAACGAUACCAAGAGAGAAAAUGUUACAAACGGACCAAUUAAGUUAUCAACAGCAGUUCCUCUAUCUGUGGACCAAAACAGUGAUUCCUUCACUGUCAGUGAAACCAUUAUUGAUACACCCAUGACAACUGAAUCACCCACUCUUCGUCCAACUGACAACAUCAGAGAUGUUACUGACUCUGAGAAACUUCUAGACACAAACAUGGAAACUGAGUCAGUAUCAUUUCAACAAGACAACAACCAUGACAUAUUGAAUGAUACCAACAGAGAAAAUGUUACAGAAGCACCAAUAAGAUUAUUGACAGAGUCCUUAUCGUUUCAUGAAGACGACAACCAUGACAUCUUGAACGAUACCGAGAGCGAAAGUGUUACAAAAGGACCAAUUCAAUUAUCAACAGCAGUUCCUCUAUCUGUAGACCAAAACAGUGAUUCCUUCACUGUCAGUGGAACCAUUAUUGAUACACCCAUGACAACUGAAUCACCCACUCUUCGUCAACUGACAACAUCAGAGAUGUUACUGACUCUGAGAAAGUCAGUAUCAUUUCAACAAGACAACAACCAUGACAUAUUGAACGAUACCAACAGAGAAAAUGUUACAGAAGCACCAAUAAGAUUAUUGACAGUUCCUUUCUCUGUGGACCAAAACAGGGAUUCCUUGACUAACAGUGGAACCAUUACUGAUACACCCAUGAUAAGUGAAUCACCAACUCCUCGUCCAACUGACAACAGCAGAGAUGUUACUGACUCUGAGAAACUUCUAGACACAAACAUGGAAACUGAGUCAGUAUCAUUUCAACAAGACAACAACCAUGACAUAUUGAACGAUACCAACAGAGAAAAUGUUACAGAAGCACCAAUAAGAUUAUUGACAGUUCCUUUCUCUGUGGACCAAAACAGGGAUUCCUUGACUAACAGUGGAACCAUUACUGAUACACCCAUGAUAAGUGAAUCACCAACUCCUCGUCCAACUGACAACAGCAGAGAUGUUACUGACUCUGAGAAACUUCAUGACAUAAACAUGGAAACUGAGUCCUUAUCGUUUCAUGAAGACGACAACCAUGACAUCUUGAACGAUACCGAGAGCGAAAGUGUUACAAAAGGACCAAUUCAAUUAUCAACAGCAGUUCCUCUAUCUGUAGACCAAAACAGUGAUUCCUUCACUGUCAGUGGAACCAUUAUUGAUACACCCAUGACAACUGAAUCACCCACUCUUCGUCCAACUGACAACAUCAGAGAUGUUACUGACUCUGAGAAACUUCUAGACACAAACAUGGAAAUUGAGUCAGUAUCAUUUCAACAAGACAACAACCAUGACAUAUUGAACGAUACCAAAAGAGAAAAUGUUACAGAAGCACCAAUAAGAUUAUUGACAGUUCCUUUCUCUGUGGACCAAAACAGGGAUUCCUUGACUAACAGUGGAACCAUUACUGAUACACCCAUGAUAAGUGAAUCACAAACUCCUCGUCCAACUGACAACAGCAGAGAUGUUACUGACUCUGAGAAACUUCUAGACACAAACAUGGAAGCAGAGUCAGUAUCAUUUCAUGAAGACGACAUCUUGAACAAUACAAGGAGAGAAAAUGUUACAGAGGCACCAAUAACAUUAUUGACAGCUCCACUUUCCGCUGAUCAAAACAAUGAUGCCUUCAGCAAUGCAACAGAGGCCCAAUUUAAUUUUACAGCCUCACUUCCUGUAGAUCUGGAGAGGGACACCCUCAACAUCAGUGGAAGUAUCAUCAAAACAACAAUGAAAAGGGAGUGCAAAAUUAGAACUAUUAAAUGUCCGGAGAAAGCCACCAAGAUGCAAAGCACUUUUGGAGCCUGGAUGUCCGAUGCAUCCCUGCUGGAUGAAGGUCGAUACUGGCUGGCUGAUCAUUUCUCAGGUCGAGUUUUGGAGGAGCGCAGGAACAUUUCGGCAUUUGGUGAUGCAAGCAACAAAAUUAUAGACGUCAGGAGGUUCUACCAGGGCUGCGGUCAUGUUGUUUAUAAACACACAUUUUACUUUCACCACGCAGGAACAAACAGACUCAUAGAAUUUGACCUGAAAACUGGGGAAACAAACACUCUGACCAUGGCAAACAGCAGAUAUCACAACCUGGCUUAUCUUUUCCGCAACUCAAAGACGUAUUUCAAGUUUUCUGUGGAUGAGAAUGGAGUGUGGGUAAUUUUUGCAUCAGAUACAGAUGAUGAUACGAUGGUUGCAAAGAUCAACACUGACAGCUUCUCUGUGGAGUCGGUCAUUAACACUCACUACCCUACAACUAAAGCAGGAAAUGCUUUCAUUGUAUGUGGGGUGCUAUAUUUUACAGAUGACAAAGACAGAAAAGUUACAUAUGCAUUUGAUUUAAAGAAAGAGAAACCUCUGGAUGCAAGUCUUGAUUUAAGGCCAGAGAAUGGGAUUUUGGCUAUGCUGUCAUAUUAUCCCAACAGAAAGCUUCUGUAUAUGUGGGACAACAGCAGCAUGAAAAUAUGCAAAGUUAGACUCAAACAGACCAAGAAAUAACCACAAAACUUGUAAAAUGAACAAUAAAGUUAUUCGUAAAGUCUGAGUUGGUCUACGUAAAUUUCUUGCAAACACUGACCAGAUUUUGACACAGGAGGUUUAGGUCACACUGGAUUUUAUUCACAAUAAAUGUGUUACUCAAA